GGAAUCCUGGCCCUGAUGAUCACCCUACUCUACGUAGGAAGUCAGGACUAAGCUUUCUGAAGAAGUCUAUCUCAUACUAUAUGCCGCGCCUGGCUAUUGAUUGGGAUCCAGUAGAUAUGAAGGGGAAUCCUACGAGAUCAAAGGAUGUGAAUGACUUAUUGAAAACCAUUGAGAGGGCACAGCUAAGGGGUGAGGGCAAGGCUGAUGCUGCUAAACGUCCUAUAGAGUACGAUGAAUUUCGUCAAAUUCUUGCUAUCAAUUAA